CUAACAAUUAUUGUUGGUGUUUGCCGCCAAAUUCUUUUUUAUUUUUUAUUUUUUUGUAAUCAAACUUUCCAUUAAACGAAAAUAAUAAUGACAACUAAAGUGGGCAAUAAAAAACAAAAAACAAUUUUAGAUUUUUUCAAAAAAACUAAUGAAAAUGUAAAAAAUUCAAAUAUCUCAUCGAUAAAUUCGAAAAAUUUAGAUGUGAUUACAAUCGUUGAUGAUACCGACAACAUUAAUGUUAAUGAUAAAAACAACAAUGAUGAUGAUAAAUGUGAUGAAAGUAAAAAAUUCCUUGCAGAUAAUAAUCUUAAUAUUAUAAAUCAGAAUAAUAAACGACCAUUGGAUGUAGAAAUUUUGGCCACUAAAGAAUCGAAAAGUGUUGAAAAUCCUAUCCAAGAAAUUAACUAUUUUAACGAAAAUUUAUGUCAAUUUUUAUUCGAAGAACUAGAUAUUAAUGAUAAAAGCAAUCAGGAUUUUAAUGAAAUAGAUACUAAUGUUAAUGGUGAAAAGAUCGAACCGAAAUCGAUGACAAUCGACAAUGAACAACAGCAAUUGUAUUCGAAUUCUGUAAAAAUGUUUCUCGAAUUUCGACAUAUUAUUCAAACAGUAUUGGAAAAUCCAUUAAAUGAGCAUUUAUUCAACGAACAAGAUUGGAAAACAAUUCAAGAUCUGACCAGUUUGGAUGGAUCAAUUCAAUUAUUAUUCAUACGAUUGUAUAUGCGAAAACAUGAUUGGAUUAGAAUUGCAAAUAUUAAAUAUCCACAACUUUUUGCUGAAGGAGAAAAUAAUAAUGACCAUUCAAACCAAUUAGAAAUCCUACUUAAAUCGGGUUUCCUACUUGAUCACACAAGUUUAAAAUCAAUUGAAGAUGGCUUUUCAGCGCUAACAUUUCCGGAGAUUAAAAAUUUCCUGAAAAAAUACAAUGGUUUUAAGAUGCCUAAAUCGACACAAAAAUCAAAAGUAAUUGAAGCAUUUCUUCAUUAUAUACGUACGACAAGAUCGGUGUGCAUGACUAGUAAAACGAUUCAAGAACAGGUAUUGCAAAGACUUCGAAAUUUUUGCCAAGAUAAAUGUAUCCGAAUCAAUGAAACCAAAUCCGAAAUAUUAGAUCGAAUAUUUUUACUAUAUCAUUCACCUAAUGAUUUGUUGGAAAUUUUCGAAGAUAAUAAUGAAGAUCAUUGGUAUCGACGUGCAUUGGGUGAUUAUUAUGUUGAUAAGAAAAUUAAUCUUGUAUCUAAACAAUUAGAAGCCAAUAUUUACUGUGAUCGUGAUGAAUUUUCAGAAUUUGUCAAAGCGUUUACUAUAUAUUGUGAAAUUGUCGUAUUGAACAAUCAAAAACGUUUCGACGAAGUCAUAAAUCGCCUUUUUCCAUUUAUUUCGGAACAAUAUGAUAUUUCUAUGAUUAAAUGGUCGGAUAAAGAUUCUCAAUUGGCAGAAUUCUUGCGACCUUUCACAGCAACUGGAAUGUAUAUUCGAUGUUUACAUCAAUGUUUAACGUCAUUUGACAAGAAUCGAUUGCAUUUAAUAUUUGUUGCCAAUGUGUUGAAGUUACUUGGACAAGAUAUUUACGGUUUACGAUAUAGACCACAUUGGUAUAUUCGAGCAUCUUUGAUCAGUCAAAAUUAUUUGAAAAAUCCAGAACUAGCCGAAAAAUUUUGCAUGAAUGGAUUGAGCGAUCCAUCUGUUCGUUAUGAUCAUCGUCUUGAACUAUACAACCGAUUGUUAAAACUGAAAAAACAAAGUAACGAAAAUCUUUCAGACCUUUGUCCAGAAUAUCAUAAACAAAAUUUAUACAAAAAACGUACUAUUGUUGCCUCAUAUCGUCAUAUUGAAAAUGAAACGGAUAGGAAGAAUUUCUUUGUUGCAAAUCAUAAAAAUGGUGAUGUAGAGAUGAUAUCGGUCGAAGAAGUUGUUCGUCGUCAUUACCUAAAUGAAGGUUAUACAAAUGGUAUUCAUUGUGAAUCUAAAGUGUAUCAUUUGUUAUUCGAAUUAUUGUUAUGUGACAUUCUAUUCUCCACCAACAUUCCUGAUACUUUUCGUUAUAAUGGACAAAGAGUUCCAUUGGAUUUAUGUUAUGAUUCAUUCUAUCAGCAACGUAAAUCUUUGAUCGAUGACCGAAUUGAUGAAAUUUCUAGAUGGUCACGAGACGAAAUCGCAUCUAAUAUAAUUAAAGCAAUAAAUACCGAAUAUCCUAUCGACAUCGAAUAUAUUGCUGAGAAUAAUUUGCAUGAUAUCGCUUAUUGUAUGACCGCAGAAAAAUUGGCAAAAAUUUUGCAAAUGUUGGCUACAAAUUAUCGUCAUCUUCGAAAAGGUUUUCCUGAUUUGAUCAUGUGGAAUAGAGAUACAGAAAAAUUCAAAGCAAUCGAAGUGAAAGGACCUAUGGAUCGUAUAUCAAAUAUACAAUCAAUUUGGUUAUCCAAAAUGACAGAAAUUGAAUUAGAUUGUGAACUUUGUACAGUUAAACCAAAAGAUGAUCAAGCUUAAUUUGAUAAAAUGUGUGUAAAUUGUUGUUUUUGUCUGUAAAAUAAA